GCAUCUCUCUGGUUCCCCCCCCCUCCCUCCCCACUCCAGGAGCAAGUCCCCUGCGCCCCCACCCCAGGAGCAAGCCCCCUGCCCCCCACCCCAGGAGCAAGUCCCCUGCCUAUCACCCCAGGAGCAAGUCCCCUGCCCCCCACCCCAGGAGCAAGUCCCCUGCCCCCACCCCAGGAGCAAGUCCCCUGCCCCCCACCCCAGGAGCAAGUCCCCUGCCCCCUACCCCAGGAGCAAGUCCCCUGCCCCCCACCACAGGAGCAAAUCCCCUGUCUCCCACCCCAGGAGCAAAUCCCCUGCCUCCCACCCCAGGAGCAAAUUCCCUGCCUCCCACCCCAGGAUCAAAUCCCCUGCCUCCCACUCGUGA